ACACCAAAGGAAAAGGUGUCAGUACUCCUGAUGAAUGGACCAGCCUGAAUUUUGGUCAUGAUAUGUAGACAGCAGGACCCACUUGAUGGAUGGCUUGGAUCUUGCAUCCAUGUGCCACACUUGCACAUUUAAUGGCGUGUAGUCUGCUUCCCACAGGCGUGUUAGCUGAGGGAACCUCUAUAAAGAAAUGUGAGUAGAAGGAAAGAAAUUACAAACUAGAAUUCUCUUUGCAAUCAUGAGAAAAUCUCAUUCCACUCCAAUCCUUCUUCUUAUCUACCUUCUCAUCUCAUUCGACUCUCCUUAUGCAUCUCCAACACCUCAAUAUAGCUCUUUAAAGAAAGGAUCCUCACUCUCAGUAGAAGAUGAAUCAGACCUCCUAUUCUCCCCAGACAAAUCAUUCACAUGUGGUUUCUACAAGGUCGGCACAAAUGCCUACUCUUUCUCAAUCUGGUUUUCAAAUUCGGCGAACAAAACUAUCGUGUGGACGGCAAACUGGGGCGGCCGUCUCGUGAACGGCCAUGGAUCGAGGUUCUCUGUGCACUGGGAUGGUAACAUGGUCCUGACCGAUGUCGACGGUUCGACCGUUUGGAAUGCUAAUACCAUCUCCACCAACGUUGAUAGAGCCGAGCUUUUGAACAGUGGAAACCUCGUGUUGAAAGAUCCAAAUGGGAGGAUUUUAUGGCAGAGCUUCGACUCUCCCACUAACACUCUUCUGCCUUCACAAACACUAACCAAAGGCAAGAGACUCGUUUCUGCGAUAAGGAAAGGAGAGCUUUCUUCGGGUUAUUUCAUUCUCUUUUUCGACAGCGAAAAUGUCCUGAGAUUGAUGUAUGAUGGGCCCGAUAUUUCUAGAUUAUAUUGGCCUAAUCCUGAUUUCGAUGCGUGGGGCAAUGGUCGAUCAACCUUCAACAGUAGUAGAUCGGCUGUUCUUGACAAUAAGGGUGAGUUUUCAUCGAGCGAUCAGCUGAAACUUUAUGCUUCCGAUCUGGGUGUUGGGAUUAGAAGGAGAUUGACAUUGGAUUAUGAUGGUAAUCUCAGACUCUAUAGCUUGAAUGAGUCAACCGGGUUGUGGCUGAUUUCAUGGGUGGCUCUCCCACAGCAGUGCAAUAUACAUGGUCUGUGUGGCAGAUAUGGUGUUUGUGUCUAUACACCGAUGCCGAAAUGCACGUGCCUGCAGGGAUAUGAAAUGAACGAUUUGGGAGAUUGGAGCAAAGGUUGCAAGCCCAAAUUCAGCAAAAUCUGCAAUACCCAGAUGGUGAAAUUUGUAGAGCUUCCACAAACAGACUUCUUCGGGUUCGAUCUUAAUUACAGUACAGGAAUAUCGCUAGAAUCUUGCAAGAAGAUUUGCUUAGACGAUUGCUCUUGUGAGGCUUUCCAGUAUAGAUUAGAAGGUGAUGGACGCUGCUGGGCCAAAAGCGCACUUUUCAAUGGGCGUAAUUCUCCGAAUCUCUAUGGCACCAUAUAUCUAAAAUUACCAAAAAGUCUAGAAACUGAAAAUUCGUCGCAAUUCAAAGGAUUGGAGCUUGUUUGCAGUUUGAAUGAAUCUGAAGUUUUCGUGGGAUCCUCUGAUGUUUAUAAGGAGAGCACAGGCACUGAAUAUCGUCUUUUCCUCUGGUUUGCUCUGUCUGUAGGUGGGAUUGAGAUUCUCUUUAUUGCAGCAGGUUGGUGGUAUAUUUUCAAGGAGCAUGGGAUGCAGAUGCUGGUGGAGGAAGGCUACCGAAGGAUUUCAAAUCAGUUUAAGAGAUUUACUUAUGUGGAAUUGAAGAAGGCAACUGACCAAUUCAAGGAUGAGCUCGGCAGAGGAGGCUCUGGGUCUGUUUACAAAGGAGUUUUGGCUGAUAAGAGGGCAGUGGCGGUGAAGAAAUUGCGAGAUGUAUUUCAAUGCGAAGAGGAGUUUUGGGCUGAGGUGAGCACAAUCGGACGAAUCAACCACAUGAAUCUGGUGAGAAUGUGGGGAUACUGUUCGGAGAAAGCACACAGGCUCCUGGUCUCUGAGUAUGUGGAGAACGGAUCAUUGGAUAAGUACUUGUUCUCCGAUGGAAGCAGCAAGGAGCCUGCUAGAUUACUUGGAUGGAACGAACGGUUCAAGAUCGCGGUAGGGACGGCAAAGGGUCUGGCUUAUCUUCACCACCAGUGUCUUGAGUGGGUCAUCCACUGUGAUGUGAAGCCUGAAAACAUACUAUUGGGUUGCGAUUUCGAGCCCAAGAUUGCAGAUUUUGGAUUAGCGAAACUAUCUCAGAGAGGCGGGCCGGGUUCUAACUUCUCUCGGGUCCGAGGAACAAAGGGCUACAUGGCGCCUGAGUGGACUUUGAAUCUUCCCAUCACAGCGAAGGUCGAUGUUUAUAGUUAUGGGAUUGUGCUUCUAGAGAUUGUGAAGGGGAGUCGGUUUUUGAAUUGGAUGACAGAUGCAGAAGAAGAGGUGGGACUGAAGAGCUAUGCCCGGAUGGCGAAGGAGAAGAUGGAGAGUGGAGAAGAAUCAUGGGUUGGGAAUUUGGUGGAUUCAAGAUUGGAUGGGAAGUUUGAUUGGAAGCAAGCGGCGGUGAUGGUGGAGAUAGGCCUUUCAUGUGUGGAGGAAGAGCGGAGCAAAAGGCCCACCAUGGAUAUGAUUGUCCGAGCUCUCCAUGAAUGUCAAGAUGAGGAGCGAAGCACGGAUGGCUCGUUUCCUCAAACUAUGGAAAAUUUCUAUUCUGCAAAAACUGUAUUUGAUUCUUAUGUUUCUGUGUAAUCCAAACAUCUCUUCUUUGAGAAUCCUUGGUACCUAUAUUUUGUAAACAAAUACUUCUAUAGAAGGUAAUCUGCAUUUGUUCUUGGAAAUUCUGUAUUUCUGCUCUGGAUCAACGAAAUUUACAGACACAUCUCAUAGCUAAUC